GCAACAAAUUUUUCUCAAACAGUGCAAGCUCUUUGAAGCCGAUGACGUUAACGACAACAGAUUUGUAGUUUCAACUUGACGUGGCACGUGUUUGUUAAUUCUUGGCUUUAAUGCUGCACAAGUGUUAAAGGAUAAGUACUGUGUAACAGUAUUUACGGAAUAAGAGUUCGAUUUUAAUAUAUCAUUACAAUCAUGGGACUGACAAUAUCAAGUGUUUUGACAAGACUCUUUGGGAAGAAGCAGAUGAGAAUUUUGAUGGUCGGACUUGAUGCCGCAGGAAAAACAACGAUAUUGUACAAGUUAAAGCUUGGUGAAAUCGUCACUACCAUUCCAACUAUUGGUUUCAAUGUAGAAACGGUGGAAUACAAGAACAUAUGCUUCACUGUGUGGGAUGUAGGUGGUCAAGAUAAGAUAAGACCACUGUGGCGCCAUUAUUUCCAAAAUACUCAGGGCUUAAUUUUUGUCGUUGACUCCAAUGACAGAGAAAGAAUUGGUGAAGCAGAAAAGGAACUACAGAAUAUGCUGCAAGAAGAUGAAUUACGGGAUGCUGUCCUACUUGUUUUCGCGAACAAACAAGAUCUGCCAAAUGCUAUGAGUGCAGCGGAACUCACUGAUAAGCUUGGGCUGAAUCAACUUCGAAACAGACAUUGGUACAUACAAGCUACGUGUGCUACGCAAGGUCAAGGCUUAUAUGAGGGCUUGGACUGGCUUUCAAAUGAACUAGCCAAAAAGUGAAGACUGUGCAUUCCGUGUGUGGCAGUGUUGUGGAGUUAAGACUGUGACUCUUCUGAACUAUAAUUCCUGAGCUGUAUUACACUUAAUUUAUAUUUGUCUCUUAUUGAAACUUGUUGUUCACUAUAUCUCUUGCUGUUAAGAAGUUGUAAACUUUGA